UUUCCCUUUUUAUUGCCCGGUCCUUUCAGUUCUUUAAGACACCCGGAGUGGGUAAAGGGGCUUUCUCUCUCUCUGUGGCAAUCCUUCGUUGACCUAGAAAUCUCUGUUCAAAGAAACAUAAUUUACUCAUCACCAGUUCUAGAUCUAUUCACUACAAGCCCUGAUAUUGCAAAUCCAAGAUCCGUUUGAUAUAGAAAAACGACGCCGUGUGGGAAAUCUAAACUCAGGCUUCAGGUUUUGAGUGAUUAUGCUUUUUUAUCUUCAGAUCUGGGAUUUAUAGUAUUAGCUGCUCUGUUGCAUUUGGAAUCCGUUUGCUGGAAAUGUCAAUUAUACCAAAGGGUGACUCCAUUCAAAUCCGAGAGGUGUGGAAUGAUAAUCUCGAACAGGAAUUUGCUUUGAUUCGUGAAAUUGUAGAUCAAUUCAAUUAUGUAGCUAUGGAUACUGAGUUCCCAGGCGUGGUUUUACGCCCAGUGGGGACAUUUAAGAACAUCAACGAUUAUAACUAUCAAACUUUGAAAGAUAACGUUGAUAUGUUGAAAUUGAUUCAAUUGGGUCUCACGUUCUCUGACGAUAAUGGGAAUUUGCCCACUUGUGGAACAGAUAAGUUCUGCGUUUGGCAGUUCAAUUUCCGUGAGUUCAGUAUCAGCGAGGACAUAUUUGCUAGUGAUUCUAUUGAGCUGUUGCGCCAAUGUGGGAUUGAUUUUAAGCAGAAUAAUGAGAAGGGUAUUGAUGUAAACCGGUUUGGUGAGCUUCUGAUGUCAUCAGGAAUUGUUUUGAAUGACAGCGUGCAUUGGGUUACAUUUCAUAGUGGGUACGAUUUUGGGUACUUGCUUAAACUUUUGACUUGCAAGAGUCUGCCUGAUACACAAGCAGGAUUCUUCGACUUGAUCAGUAUGUACUUUCCCAUGGUGUAUGAUAUCAAGCAUUUGAUGAAGUUUUGCAAUAGCCUUCAUGGUGGAUUGAACAAGCUUGCAGAGUUGUUGGAGGUGGAAAGAGUUGGUGUCUGCCAUCAAGCAGGCUCUGAUAGCUUGCUCACAUCCUGCACAUUUAGGAAAUUGAGAGAGAACUUUUUCAGCGGCUCCGCAGAGAAAUAUGCAGGUGUUCUGUAUGGUCUUGGCGUUGAGAAUGGACAAAAUACUAACUGAAAAGAAAUAAUUGGGAAAAUGAUUGAAUAAUUGUAGACUACCUGAGUGUGGACUUCUAAUUCUCUUGUAUACUUUGGCAAAAAGAUUGUUGUUCUAGUGGUGAUGAUUUUCAUUUGCUCAUUUGUGACUGAAACCUUGACUGGUUUUGUAGUUUGGCAUCCUUGUACAUUACUGAAGUUAGUGUUUCAAUAAUAAUUUUAGUUCUUGGCA